AUGUCGGACGAUGAAGAAGGACGUUUGCGUAUCGAUGAAGGGGAUUCCAACACUGAAGAAAUCAAACCACAACCAAGAGCUCCUCCACUGCUUCCAGGGGUAGUGGUGUCGAAACCUCCUCUAGAUUUUCCAUCAAGUUCUAAUGCCACUGAAACGAAAGAUAAAGACGUGUCUGGUAAAGAAGAUGGAGAAUUAGAUGAAGAUGAUGAGGAAGAUGAAGAGCAACAGGAGGAAGAAGAAGAAGAAGAGGAACGUGAAGAAGAUGACGAGGAAAUGGAUACCGAUGACACAGAACCGAAAUUAACGAUAGUCGAAGAUCCCGAUGAGCUAAUGGAAGUUUCAAAGACACCAGAGCCACCGAAAGUUCAGAAAAAGGAAGAGGUUCCUGUGAAAAUUGAAGAGGAAAAAGAGGAUAUAGUAAUGUCCGAACCUUCAUCGCCGGAUUCGUCCAAACAAUCAGAUGAACCGGAAAUCAAAAAAGAAGAACCGUUGGAUGAACAAGAUAUUACAAUUGAGACAGAUACGAAUAAAGCCACGACACCAGAUGAAGCGCCUCAGCUAAGUCCCGCACCAAAUUUGAAAAAUGAGAACGGGUUGAUGAAACCACCUCAGAGUACGGAAAAAGCACCGAGAAAGCGGAAAGAAUCUGCUGACAACUUCUCAAAUGAUAAAAGAAACAUCCCCUCGUCGUCGGAUACACCAAGAUCGAAGCGAUCCAGUUCUCAAUACGCAAAACUCGCAAUAUCAGCUUGUUUAGCAGACGAGGAUAUUGUUUCGUUACCGAUGAUGCCAAUUCAGACUCCACCGCAAACUAAACGAGCGAAGCGCGAUGUCAGCACCAGUGUGAUCACCACAAGGUCCACAGAUAUCGAUGGGCUUAUUAACGACGAAUCGAUUCUCUCUACACCACCGGGAACACAGUUGCUUCUUGAGAUAACCGUAAUGUACAGAACGAGAAGUUCAUUAGCAUUCCGAAUCAAAGGAUGUGAAAUGAUCGGAUUCAUUGGCGAUGGAUUAUCACCUAUUAUCUCUGCUGUGGCUGCAAACACUGCGUCUACAUCUGGAAAUAACAACAAUAAGAAAAAGGUCAAUAACUCAUCAAACAACGAAGAAGGCAAGGAUGGGCGGUCGAGUUCGGCAAGUUCGAAUGGGCGAUCGGCGCGUGGUGGAUCGGUACUGAAGGAUGGGAAGGCAGACAAACAGAAGGGAAAGAAAAAGAAGGAGGAUCCAAGUAACGAGGAUAUAGAUGAGGAAAGUCAGAGUGUUGAUAAUUCGGGAUACGACAAAUGCGAGUUAAAAGAAGUCGAUGUAACUCAAUAUCACGAUUGUCACUACGAAGGGUGCGAAAAGCGAUUUCAGCAAUCACAAGAACUCGAUUAUCACAUUUCAAAGUAUCAUAAGAAACGAGUGAUGAUUUACGAGUCGAUUUGCACACAAACCGAGAUCUCAUCAAUUUCUACGCAAGACGUUGGAACGGAAACGGAUGAUUUGUCGGCGAUGCCAGUGCUCAAAAAAGAGGUACCGAUUAAACAACCAACCUAUGAAGAUCUCUCCGAUGAUGAUAUGGAUUCGAAACCUGCGGAACUUGCUCUGAAAGUGCCUUCCACGUCUUCUGCAGCUGCCGCUCUUAUGGGAAUUGCCCAACAGACUGCAUCGGCGACUCCUGUAGUUCAACGUUCAACACCGUCAACACCGAUUUCUGCUAAAAUUGGAAUCAACCCACAGAUGAUUGCGUUAGCUGAAAAAAGCAAGCAACAACAGCAGCAGCAACAGAAGAUGGUCGCAAGUUCACCAAGACCUAACCAGCAUCCUGUAUCCGCCAUUCCUUCAACUUCUGCACAACCUCCAGUUCUUAUCCAGACUCAUCCUAUGGGAGGUCAUCAAUUCAUAGCUCCUGGCUUCCAUCCAGGCCUUAUACACCAUCAAAACCAUAUGGCUGCUCUUGCGGCUGCCAUGGAUCCUCGAAUAGUUGCCAUAUCUCAACAACAGCAACAACAACAAAUGGCUCGAACACCGAGUAGGCAGUCAGGUACCGACUCUCAUAAGAUCCACGAGCUAGCCAAGACAAAGGAGAAUGAGCACCGACAACGGCAACAGUCCGCGACGCCGAAGACUCCUGCUGGAAGUGGGCCUGCUCAAGGAGCAGUCACUCCACAAAGGCCGUUUAUUCCUCCGCAAAUGAUGCAAGCGCCUCCUGGAACGCCACAAAGUGUGCAACAACAACAACAACAACAACAAGCGGCACAACAACAAGCACAGCAACAGAACCUAGCCGCUCAACAGCAAUUAUUGCAGAUGCAACUGCGAGGAAUGGUACCCCAAAUGCCGAAUCAACAAGAACAACAACUACUGAUGAUGAUGAUGGGUCUAGGCGGUAUGCCUAUUCCAGGAGCUGUUCCGGGUGCUCCUGGCUUCCCACAACAACAACAACCACCCAAGUAA